AUGUGUUCAGGGAAAACUAAAAUUGUCAAGAGAGUGUCUGUAACACAUGUGUGCCAUGCAAUAUAUAUACACAAAGGAAAUGAAGUACAAACAGUUUAUUUUAUAAUUGACACUCUAGAGACCCUCACACGAGAUGUAAUAUAUGCUCUUGGAGUAUGUAUGAUCGUAUACAUAUAUCCUCUCAGUAUUUCCGGGAUAUACUUUAUUAUGAAGCCAAAUUUUAUUGGCCGUAGAUGGAAUCUACUGAUUCAAAGCAUAUUAUUUGCUAGUGAUAAUCAUGAUAACGAUAACGAUAAUUAUAAUUAUAAUGCUAAACUAUCCAAAGUGGGAUAUUCUGAUAUUCUGAAAACACAAGUUUAG